UCAGUAAGUCUGUGGUCAUAGAAUGGAGCGAAUGUGCAUAGUUGUACUUUUAAUUUUCGUUUGCUACACCAAAUGUCUGGCCAUAGACUUUUGUAAUAUGACUGAGUGUAAAGGAGUAAGCCAUUUGGGCUGCAACAAUGAUUUGACCUUUCAUAGUAGUUGCAUGCAUAAUUGUAUACUGCUCAAUAUGCAAAUAUAUAAGGAUUACCUGGUCAAGUUACACAAUAAAUACCGCGAAGAUGUGGCGUCCGGAGCUUUAAUGGGUCUGGCUCAAGCUAGUCACAUGCCGGAGUUGUUGUGGCAUUCUAAGCUGGCUCUGAUAGCUGAGUACCAUGUGAAGCGUUGUCUACAGAGACUUGAGAACUGCAUGGCUGUUACUGCGUUUCCCAAUCCAGCUGUUAACUACGGUUCAAGUUGGUUAAAUAUUGCAUCGCUUCCCAGCUAUACGCGUUCGACGAACUCUGAGAAACUAACUAGUCAAACCGAGCAGUGGUUGCACCAGGUGUAUAACCUUGCACAAGGGGAUCUUGGAGUUGAAGUCUAUGAGAUUAAAAACAUACUUAAUGAUAACAACAGCUACGUGGGAUGUGCCGCGGCUGAGGACUAUGAUAAGGCGGCCGAUCGCUUUGUGCUAAUAUGUUACUACAACCAUCCGCAUGAGGAGAUUCGUCAAAUCUAUAAGAGCGGAAAAUUUGAGGUACAGCAAUGUCCUCACGGGGUCAGCGAUAGUUAUCCACAUUUGUGCAAAACGAUUACCGACAUAAACGACUAAAAGAUUAAAACUUUCAUUUCUAACAAGCCGCUCCACUCUGGAUGGUAGCCUAAUUAAAUGUGACAGGUAAAAAUA